AUGAUUGCAUCAAAACUACACCUUAACAGCUUCCUACAUGGAGAAGACAUCACCGCCAGCUCUCUCCUGCUAACCGCACUCGCAUUCGCUGGCCUUGCUAGCAUCGCCUAUGUGAUCCUCACCGAAGCCUACCGCUCCAAAGUCCGUCUUCCCAACAUCCCAGGACCGACCGGCCUACCCAUCGUCGGGAACUUCUACCAACUCAAUCCUGACCCAGCAGAGACGCUGCAUCAAUGGAGCAAGAAGUAUGGCGGCGUCUACCAGAUUAUGCUCGGGACCAUGCCGGUUGUCGUCUUCUCGUCGAUGCAAGCCGCGAGAGAGGUGUUCAUCGGACAGGGCGGGAGUUUGAUCGAUAAGCCGAAGUUCUAUACCUUCCACUCAGUCUUAAGCUCAGUCGCGAGUUCUAUCGGCACGACACCAUGGAGCGAGUCGACGAAGCGGAGGAGGAAGACUGCUGCGACAGCGAUGAACAGGCCGGCGGUUGCCUCCUACUUGCCGUUCAUCGAUGAGCUGACGCGAGAUCUGAUCGCUGACCUGUGGAAGAAAGGCCAGGACGGAACGGUGGCCUUUGAUCCACGCCACAGCCUCUCCAGGACCAUUACUGAUCUCACACUUACCGUCAAUUACGGUGCUCGACUUCCCGACGACGACGCCUUGCUUGAAGAAAUUAUCGAUGUCGAGGACGGGCUGUCCAGAAUCAAAUGUCCGCUCGGAAGCUCUCAAGACUUCAUGCCGAUUAUGCGAUGGUCACCGUUCAACGAGAAGUCUGCUGUGGCCAAGGAGAUCAAUAGACGCCGCCUCAUCUUCCUGAACAAAUUUAGCAGCGAGUUGGAGGACAGAGUAGAGAAAGGAAUCGAGAAGCCGAGCAUCCAGAGCAACUGCUUGAAAGACCCAGACGUGAGAUUGGACAAGGUCGAUCUCCUGGGCAUCAGCAUGAGCAUGGUAUCCGGCGGCCUUGAUACAAUGGUGAACACGUUGGCCUGGUCCAUCGGCACCUUCGCACUUCGUCCCGAUAUUCAGGAGAAAGCAUACCAGGCCAUCUGCGACGUCUACGGCAAAGAAAGCUGGGGUCCCAUCGAAGACGAAACGGCAGUUCCUUAUGUCACCGCGCUGGUCAAAGAAUGCCUGCGCACUUUCUGCGUGCUCCGCCUGUCCCUGCCGCGAGCGACAUGGAAGGAUGUCCAGUACGGCGACAUUUUCAUCCCUAAAGGAACGACUGUAUUCCUGAAUGCAUGGGGCUGCAACAGAGACGAGAGCGUAUAUGGUCCGGAUGUCAAUGUCUUCAGGCCAGAGCGGUUCCUAGAAGAUCCAGAUCUACCACACGCAGCGUACGGCUUUGGGACGAGAAUGUGCGCUGGCUUCCAUCUCGCCAACAGGCAGUUGUACGUGAUGAUCUUGAGGCUCCUGUGGUCGUUCAAGAUCGAGUUGAGCAAGGAAGAUGCCGAUAACAACUGGCGGAUGCGGGCAUUGGAGGAUGUAACCGAGCCGUGGCAUCUGGCAGCCAUACCACCAAGCUACAAAGUCCGAUUCGUGUCCAGGAACGCAGGAGCUUUGAAGGAGAUGUUAGAGUGA